AUGUGGGUGACAAAUUGGGAUAUUGGCACUGAGUGGAAACGCAAGAGUUUCAGACGUGCCAACGGCUACGAUGCAGCUGACUUCAUUGAUCGACUUCCCUCGUCGAUGCUUGACGACACUGAACACCUGCCACUUCGUCGCCAGACGUCUGUAGCUGGGACGCGACAAGCUGAUGAGGUUUCUGUCACCACGCACACAGCUGAAGCCCCCAACGUCCGUGAUGAUCUGCGCGACCUUGAGGCCUGUGUGAAGAGGUCGGAGAAGGAGAGGGAGAGUGAGGAGGCGAAAGCGGAUGAUGACGAGGAUAUCGAUCAAAUUAUCGCCUCUCUAACUUGUCCCAAACUCACCACCAGCAGCUCCAGCAUCAACCCUUCGCGUUCCUCCUACCCACUGGGAUCGUCGAGGCCAGGCGCAACCGCUGAUACCUCUGUUGGCGAACUCGCGACCUUGGGAUUCACCAAUCGGAACGACUAUUGGGAACACUCGGCUUUCGGACGGUCGCGGCUAACUGCGAUUCUCCUCUCAGUGAUUGCUACUGUCUGCCUCCUGUACAGCUUAGUUGCUACCACGUGGGUAUACACCGGGCACCGUUGGCAGGGUGGUGCCACGUGCAUCCUCGUUGUCGCCAUUAUGAUAAGUUUUCUUGGUACCGGACUGGCGAUUUUCGGACAUUCGGGAUCAGACCUCGUAAAGCGCCUCUACUACUUUCAUUCCAGUGGCGAAAUAUUUUUUCUAGCAGGUUUUACUACAUUUCUCAGCUUUGGCAUCUACCGCAGCUACGCCAGCAUGAACCUCUUAAACUUGCGCCAAACAAACCCACCUUCCGCUUUCACAACCACCUCCGACCAAUCACCACUGGCGUCCUUGCCACAGCCAAUCCGCUUCGGUGCCGCCGACUAUACAGGCUGGACCGCGGGAGUUGUGUUCUUCGCUGCAGCCUUCGCUCUACUCAUCGACGAGUUCAUCCACGAGUUGGCUAAGCUGGGCCAGUCGCGGUGGCCGUGCCUAGCGCGAUGCCUGCGUUGCUGUGCUAUUCGUGUCACUACCUUCAACCGACGCCUCCGGACCGCCCAGCGAAGCCUCGCCGCCAGAUGCUCCUCCAAGUCGUCUCGCCAACACCGGCAACAGCAUCGUCAGAAGUCGACAAGCACCACGUCUAGCGUCACCGCCAGCGCCACCACCCGGGACCGCAGUGGACAAACCUCGGGUGUGGUCUUUUCCUACAAACCAACCACGGGCUCGAGCCUGGCUACGCAGAGGCGGCGCCGACGCUGGCGCCAGCGAAGGCAGUAA